AGUGACUAAGUCAUCAUCUCCUUCCUUCUCAACUUUUCAUAACUCUUUAGACUCUCUGCUUCACUUAUGCCCUAGCUUCUUGUUUUUUCUUGCUAGUCUCUUUGUUUUCCUCUUUAAACUUUUCUGUAGCCCAAGGUUUUGUCUCGAUAUGGCUUCUCCCAUGGAGAACGAUGAUGUUCCCAUGCUUCCAGCUUCAGACACAUCAUCAUCAUCUCGUACUAUGCCUUUCACUUCCAGGUCACGUAGCACUUCCCUUGCAAACAAUUCUUCCACCAUUGACGUAUUCAACAGCUCGACAGUUGUUUUAGGCUACACAAAUCAUCUUGGAACCCAGAGACGGCCUCCGUUAGUGCAAAUGAGUGACCCUCUUUCCUCUACUCGCAGUCCUGAGCCUCGCUUUGCUCUUCCUCCUCCUUCUACUGGUGCUUCUUCUGAUUCCGUUGGUGCCUCCUCCUCUCAGCCUAAUGAGAGGAAUCAUGCCUACAGCCGCACUCCCAGAGUUUUUGCCACUUCUGAUUUCACGCUCCAUAACGCUCUUGAUGAUGAUGCUAAAGGCUGGGCUAAAUACUUUUCUGGAAUCAUAUAUCCUGAGUCUAAUUUCGUUCAGAUCUGGACUACAUUCUUUGCCUUAUCAUGCUUGUGUUCUAUUUUCGUAGAUCCCCUCUUUUUCUACCCCAUAGAAAUAUAUAAGGAGGAGAGAUGCAUUAAGAUCGACUGGUGGACGACUAAUGUAUUUGUAAUUGUGAGAAGUAUAACGGAUGGCUUAUACGCUUUGAACAUCGUGCUUCAGUUCCGAUUGGCAUAUGUAGAUCUUGAGUCUACGGUUGUUGGUGCUGGCCAGUUGGUUGAUGAUCCAAAAAAAAUUGCUAGCCAUUACUUACGAGGAAAAUUUUUGACAGACUUUUUCAUAGUGUUGCCAAUUCCACAGAUAUUGCUAUUAUGGAUAAUACCACAACUGUUAGGCACAUCUGGGGCAAACAAUACAAAGAACUAUUUACGUGCUGCAAUUCUUGUCCAAUACAUUCCAAAAUUACGUAGGCUUUUUCCUCUUCUAGCCGGACAAACACCAAGAGGGUUCAGAUUUGAUUCGGCAUUGGCCAAGUUUUUUAUAAAUCUUCUCACCUUCAUGCUUGCUGGUCAUGUUAUUGGCUCUUGCUGGUAUCUUUUGGGUCUGCAGAGAGUUAAUCAGUGCCUUCGAGAUGCUUGCGGAAAUUCUAGUUUUGAAUGUAAACAACUAAUAGAUUGUGGUCGUGAAAACAGAACGGAAGUUUUACAUGCAUGGAAAAUUAACGUUAGUGCCAAUGCUUGUUUUCAAGAGGAUGGUUUUGAUUAUGGAAUCUAUUUGAAGGCAGUCAAUCUCACUAGUAAUUGUACUCGUUGGUACAGAAGAUACAGUUACUCUCUUUUCUGGGGAUUUCAGCAAAUCAGCACGCUUGCUGGAAACCAAGUCCCAAGUUACUUUUUUGGGGAGGUCUUAUUUACUAUGUGUAUCAUCGGACUGGGGCUUUUCCUUUUCGCGCUUCUUAUCGGUAAUAUGCAAAACUUCCUUCAGUCUCUCGGCCGAAGGGAUACAGAAAUGACUGUAAGACGGCGAGAUGUGGAGCAAUGGAUGAGCCAUAGACGGUUUCCAAAAGACAUAAGAAAGAGAGUGCGAGAGGUUGAGAGGCUCAACUGGAAUGCUACUAGAGGAGUUAACGAAGAAUUGCUCUUUGAGAAUAUGCCUGAUGACCUUCAGAGAGAUAUAAGACGUCAUCUCUUCGCAUUUCUCAAGAAGGUGAGGAUAUUUUCGGAGAUUGAUGAAUCUAUCUUAGAUGCCAUGCGUGCGAGGCUGAAACAGAGGACUUACUUAAAGAAUAACAAGGUCUUGCACCGCGGAGGUGUAGUUAAGAAAAUGGUAUUCAUAUUGAGAGGUAAGAUGGAGAGCAUUGGAGAAGACGGUUAUCGAAUUCUUUUAUCAGAGGGAGACGUUUGUGGUGAAGAACUUCUCACUUGGUGCCAAGAACGCUCUUCUGUAAACCCAGAUGGGACUAUGAUAAGGAUGCCAUCAAAGGGACUGCUUAGCAGCAGAGAUGUUUGGUGUGUGACAAACGUGGAGGCGUUUUCACUCAGUGUAGCAGAUCUUGAAGACAUCACGAGCUUGUUCCCCAAUCUCGAGAUUCCUAAGGAGCCAUAAGGUACGAAUCUCCACAUUGGAGGCUACAAGCGGCUAGGCAGAUUCAAGUGGCUUGGAGAUAUAGAAGGAGAUGGCUUCGGAGACUGCUCAGUCAAUUAGAUUGUAAUCUUUAUUUUUCGAUGGAUAUUGAUGAUAUAAGCUUGGUGGGUUGUCAUACAACUAUAUUUUACGAUGUAUUUGUCGCUUUAAUAAGAUAAUUUUCACCUAA